CACAAACUUUACGCACAAGUUUCCUUUAGAAGCACAGCAGCGCAGCAGGGUCACAGACGCAAGGCUAAAAGACACUAAAUUCUUUCUCAUCUGGGAUCAAAUCUAGCCUGAAGACACACUUACUUUGAAGAACUGACUGAAAAUAUUCAAAUUUUUGUACUUUUUUUUAAUGCAAAAUGAACAUUCAGAAGGCAACGUUGUUUUUAUGCUGGAUGAUUCUGUGCAUGGACACCUGUCUGAGCCAGAGAGACUGCACAGGUGUGGACUGUCCAGCUGUGCAGGGCUGCAUCGAGACCACUUUAGAGACGGGCGCCUGUUGUCCCACCUGUAAACAAAAGGGCUGCACCUGCGAGGGUUACCAGUACUACGACUGCAUCCAAGCAGGCUUCCGGAAAGGGAAAGUCCCAGAGGGGGAAUCUUACUUUGUGGAUUUUGGAAGCACUGAAUGCUCCUGUCCCCAGGGAGGAGGGAAGAUCAGCUGUCAUUUUAUUCCAUGCCCUGAAAUUUCCCCCAACUGCAUUGAUAUUUUACAACCUGCGGAUGGAUGUCCCCAAUGUGGGCGAAUUGGCUGCACCCACGGCACCAAGAAGUACGAGGCAGGACACUCCUUUCAGAUGGACCAGUGUCGAGUUUGCCACUGUCCAAAUGACGGUGGAAGGUUAAUGUGUUCACCUAUACCCGGUUGUGACUCCCGCAGUUCCAAUAAACCCAUGUGGGCUACCACUACUGAGAACAACAACCCUUUGAGAGACAUUAGCAGCCGUUAUGACAACCGACAAACCAGUCCUGUAGAACCAUUUUCCAAGCUGGCACUGGGAAACACUUUACCACUGUAUAAGCAGGACCCACCCAGUUUUGGCACAGGGGAUUAUGACUACACACUGGCAGGGCCCACGUCUUCCACGAUCCAAGAUCUGGCCCCACCACUGGAAUCUACUACAGCACAACCAGCGGCUUACCCAGAGUCCAGCUCCUCAUCCUUCAGCUUCCAUGAUGACAGGAGACAGGAGCUGAGGGAGACACAAGAAAGCUCUGAUUCAGAGAGGAACAGUGAGGCUGAGGUCACACAAAACAUGGAUCCAACAACCACAGGGCCUCAAAGCGAAACAUCAACAUCGCUCACAGCAACCACACAGAGAGUGACCACAGAGAACCACAGGCCACAGCAGGAAACUGGUGAGAGGACCAUUAGACAUAACGGUGGUAAGAACAGAGUAGUGGCACAUGACACAAACACAAACACAAACACCGGCCGGGCAAACAACCGGGUCAGGCACUUUGGACAUCGCAAACAUAGUCAAGGCAGUCGCACGGGAAGUCAUGGCGGUUCCCAUUCUGGCGGCCAUAAGGAACAAGAGAAAGUGCCAGUGGAGUACAGGCAGCCGCUGGGGAAAGAGGAGCAGACCUCGUAUCCCACAGUUCAGUUCAGUCCCACCAGCAGAGCUCCAGUCAGGAUGAGGGAGGAUGGAGAGCAGAGACAACCUCAAACCCUCCACAACUACCAGACCCGGGACAUGGAGGGAGACGCUGAAGUGUCUGCCAAGGAGCUGGUGAAGACCUGCUGUGAGACAGGGGAGAAAUGGGCUUCAGCUAAUGGUCACUGCAACAACAUGGAGCCACCCAUAAAAGAUAGGCACUCCAUCUGCUGGACUGCCCAACAACAGUGCUGCCGCGGUUCCCUGAGAGAAAGUCGGUGUUUGGCUGGAAUGAAUGCAGCAAGAGCAGGAAAUAUGUGUCAAGAGGAUGCCAGCGAUAAAUGUGGGAUCGAUUCCUACAAGGAGUGCUGUGACUGCUGCUCUCUGGGGCUGCAGCUCCGCCGUGAGGGGCAUCGCUGUGAAGCCCACCAGCACCUGGGCUUCCACUGCAGCAACCUCUUUUUAACCUGCUGUGAGGGGGAGAAGAGCAUGGCUGGGAGUCAAGACAGCUGGCAGUCUGUCAGAGAGAAGCCUGCUCUCAGUCCCACUACACCACCAAAAAAAGUGUCUGACAGCCCGUAUCCUAAAGAGGCCUUCUCCAUUGGCGAGGAGAGGGAUGGAGGGAAUGCAGCGGAGGGUCCCGUUGAGGUGGAUGACAUGGAUGAGUGCCUGAUACAUCAGGGCAACAUCUGCCACCACAGAUGUAUCAACACGCCAGGCUCUUUCCGCUGUGAGUGCUUCCCUGGAUACGUGCUGCAAGAGGACGCUUUCCAUUGUGCACAAGAGCCGUUGGAAGAGGAGAACAGACUGAAGGAGGAUGACAGAGCAGCAGCUGAGCCCACUUCACCGCUUCCGCCCCCCACACGGCCCCCCGUGCCACUCAACCCCUGUGAAGGAAACGGCCCGUGUGAGCAACACUGCACCUCGGUGGGAGGAAGGCCACAAUGCUCCUGUUUGCCAGGAUUCUCCCUGAUGGCUGAUGGACGCUCCUGCGAGGACAUAAAUGAGUGUUUGUCCAUGAGUGCCUGCCAGCUGAGUGAGCGCUGCGUGAACACUGCUGGGAGUUUUGUCUGUCAGAGACUGAUCACCUGUCCCCCAGGAUACCAGAUCAACGGAGACAUUUGUGAAGAUAUCGACGAGUGUGUGCAUCAGAGUCAUAACUGUGGGCUCGGCUUCGAGUGUGUGAACACACAGGGCUCGUUCAGGUGCAACCCCAAACCUCGAUGUGCUGCUGGCUUUAACCAAGACACACAAGGCAACUGUAUAGACAUUGAUGAGUGUGGCACUUCGGCCCAGCCGUGCAGCCUGGGAUUUAACUGCAUCAACACAGUGGGAUCCUACAUUUGCCAGAGGAAGUUGAUAUGUAGCCGGGGCUAUCAUUCCAGUCCUGAUGGAUCCAGGUGUAUUGAUGUGGACGAGUGUCAGAGCAGUCUGCAUCGAUGUGGAGAGGGCCAGCUGUGCCACAAUCUGCCUGGUUCCUAUCGUUGUGAAUGCCAGACAGGCUAUCAGUAUGAUUCAUUCAGGAGGAUGUGUGUAGAUGUAAAUGAGUGCUGGCGCUACCCAGGCCGCCUGUGUGCCCAGACCUGUGAGAACACCCCAGGCUCCUACGAAUGCUCGUGUACCUCUGGCUUCCGCUUAUCCGGCGAUGGCAAGAACUGUGAAGAUGUGAAUGAGUGUUUGGCCAGCCCAUGCAGUCAGGAGUGUGCCAACAUCUAUGGUUCCUACCAGUGCUACUGCAGACAGGGCUACUACCUGAGGGAGGAUGGACACACCUGUGAAGACAUCGACGAGUGCUCUCAAAGCAUCGGCCAUCUGUGCACCUACAAGUGUGUGAACGUUCCCGGCAGUUACCAGUGUGCUUGUCCCGAAUAUGGAUACACCAUGUCUCCAAAUGGACGCUCCUGCAGAGAUAUCGAUGAGUGUGCCACUGGGGCUCAUAACUGCUCACUGGCGGAGACCUGCUACAACAUCCAGGGAGGCUACCGCUGCCUUUCCCUCGACUGCCCACCAAACUACAGAAAAGUGUCUGACACGCGCUGUGAGCGGAUCACCUGUCCGAACUACCUGGAGUGUCAGAACUCUCCUCUGAGAAUCACCUACUAUUACCUCAGCUUCCAGUCCAACAUCGUCAUCCCCGCCCAGAUCUUCCGCAUCGGACCGUCUCCCGCCUACUCCGGAGACAACGUCAUCGUCACCAUCACGCAGGGAAAUGAGGAAAACUACUUCAGCACCCGCAAACUGAACGCCUACACUGGCGCUGUGUACUUAAACCGACAGGUCGAGGGUCCGAGAGAUUUCCUAGUUAAUGUGGAGAUGAAGCUUUGGAGACAGGGGACGUUUACCACUUUCCAGGCCAAGAUCUUCGUCUUCAUCACAGCUAACUCACUUUAACAGCUCGAGAUGUGCUGUGGCCACUAAGGACCUUUUUUAUUAUCACUAUUUAACAUUGUCAUAAAGGAUACCACUGUCUGUCAUCAUCGGUUUGAGUAGUUACUCUGCGUCCAGUUGAAGUUAAUAUAACAAUGUUGCUGUAAGCAACCUGGUCUCACAGAAAUCUGUGAAAUAGCCACAGAUUUCGCUUAACUCAAAAUCCGUGGAAUAGCCACGGAAUCGCUCAAAUUUCCGUAAAACUGACACAGAUUUCGCUACAAUGCAAGUUAAUGACAGUCAUAUUUUUCCGGCGAGAUCUUCACCACAAAGUGAUUAUGUACAUUCACUGAGUGAAGAUUUAGAAAAUAAAACAUAUAUUUCUCGCUAGAAAUGUGAUCAAAAUCCAUUUUUAUGCAGAAAUUCCAACUAAACUUCUGCAUGUAAGUCAUGUGGAGCACGUUAGCAUGGUGCCAUUAGCAUUUAGCUCAAAGCACUGUCAUGCCCAAGUACAGGCAGAGCUGAUAGUGUGGCUGUAGUCUUUUUCACUAUAUCAUUCACCAACAUGAUCUCACAGAAAUCCGUGAAAUAGCCACGGAUUUCGCUUAACUCAAAAUCC